AUGAAGCUCUCUCCCGCUUUCUUCAUCGCCUUCCUAGUUGGCAGAGCGUAUGGCAAGCCGACAGCUCGCGCCAUGCGAAUUCACGAGGCCCGAGAUGACAUUCCGUCCUCCUUCUUGGAGAUUGGCCUCGCCCCGCCCGACACGGUGCUCAACCUGCGCCUCGCCCUCGUGCAGGGCAACUUCCCCGCACUCGAGCAGGCCCUAAUGGACGUCAGCACCCCCGGCAGCCCCCUGUAUGGCCAGCAUCUGAGCAAAGAGGAGGUGGAGGCACUUGUCGCCCCAAAGCCAGAGACCAUAGCAGCGGUCAACACCUGGCUGACGGAGAAUGGCAUCGAGGCCUCCACAGUGUCCCCUGCGGGCGACUGGCUCCAGUUCGCCAUCCCGGUCAGCAAGGCGAACGAGCUGCUCGGGGCCACGUUCUCCGUGUUCAACCAUACCCCGUCCGGCCGGACGGUCAUCCGCACCCUUGCCUACUCCAUCCCUGCAGACCUGAAGGGCCACGUCGACCUGGUUCAUCCUACUACCAGCUUUACUCCGCCACUCCACGUUCCGAAGCUCACGUUCAUUCCUCGCGAAGAGAUAGAGGAGCGGGAACUGAACGUCUCCGCGUCGUGCCAGUCAGCAAUCACGCCGGCUUGUCUGCAGGCGCUGUAUGCGAUUCCGAGCGCACCCGCGAAUGUGAGUUCGAACACGCUUGGGAUGAGCGGAUUCGACGAGCAGUUUGCCAAUGAGCAAGACCUCGGUAUAUUCUUGGAGACCUUUCGCCCGGAUAUACCUCCGUCGACAACGUUCAACUUGCUCACCUUUGAUGGUGGCGAGAACCCUCAGAACCGGCCCGGGAUCCUUGCGGAUCUGGAUGUACAAUACGCCAUCGGCCUUGCCACAAACGUCCCGACCUUCUUCGCCUCGGUAGGGCCCAAUAAUACUGACGGCGCCGACUUUGGGCUCCUAGACCUCAUCAAUGCUACGCUGGUCUGCAGCACGCCGCCGCACGUAAUUGUAACGACCUCCGGCGAAGACGAGAACGCGCUCUCGGCGAACCUGCAGACGAACCUAUGUAACGCGUACGCGCAGCUUGGCGCGCGCGGUAUUUCUAUCCUGUUCGCCUCUGGGGACGGCGGCGUGGCAGGCAGCCAGGCCCAAAAUUGCACCACCUUCCUCCCCACCUUCCCUUCCAACUGCCCCUUCGUGACAUCCGUCGGGGCGACCACCGGCGUCGAGCCCGAGGUCGCCGCGAACUUCUCCAGCGGCGGUUUCUCGAAUAUCUUCGCGCAGCCAUCAUACCAAGCCGCCGCCGUGUCCCGGUACCUUUCCGAGCUCGGGAACAGGAACGCGGGACACUUCAACCGGAGCGGGCCUAGCGUCAUCGCGCUGCUGAACGACCUGUUCGCGCAGCAGGGCCGGACGCCGCUCGGCUUCUUGAACCCGCUCUUGUACUCGCUGCAGGGCACGGAUGCGUUCACGGACAUCACGAACGGGAGUAACCCCGGGUGCGGCACGAAUGGCUUUCCUGCGCUUGAGGGGUGGGAUGCGGUCACUGGGCUGGGCACGCCGAACUUCACAGCGCUCAGUCUGGCCAUCGGUGUAUGA